CUGCUAUAAGGAGUCAGUGAGCAGCGCUCGGAGCAGUGCAGACCGCGUGCGUUUCCGUGGCUGCAGCCCGUGUUUCCGGUGGUGAAGGGGAGCCGUUGCUGGUGUUUAUAGCGGAUAAUACAUUAAUGGCGAUGUUUAUAAUCAGUAACCGGGUGAAGUUCUGCUCGCUGGCCUUCACCGCCGCUCGGCUGUACUCCAGCGGGGCGCAGGCGAACGCUAACCCGGUAGUUUACUUCGACAUUGCCGCGGAUAACCAGCCUCUGGGGAGAGUCACCUUCGAGCUGAAGGCCGAUGUUGUUCCCAAAACAGCAGAAAACUUCAGGGCUCUGUGUACAGGAGAACAUGGUUACGGUUAUAAAGGUUCCAUCUUCCACAGAGUCAUCCCACAGUUCAUGUGUCAGGGAGGAGACUUCACCCACCACAAUGGCACUGGCGGAAAAUCCAUCUAUGGCCCCCGAUUUCAUGAUGAGAACUUUAAGCUGAGGCACACUGGACCAGGAAUUCUCUCCAUGGCAAAUGCUGGACCCAACACCAAUGGCUCCCAGUUCUUCAUCUGUACAGUUAAAACAGAGUGGUUGGAUGGGAGGCACGUGGUGUUCGGCAGUGUUAAGGAUGGGUUGGAUGUGGUGAAGCAGGUGGAGGCUUUUGGCUCUCGCUCUGGAAAAACCUCCAAGAGGAUCACCAUCACUGACUGUGGAGAACUCAAGUAGAUCACAAACCCUGGCUUUUCCUGCUGAUCAUGUUUCUACAACGCACAUACACACACACACACACACACACUUCUAGAUGCCACAUUAGAGUACACAAUGGACUCCCGCACAUUUUGGUGGUUUGGGUGUUGAAACACACCUUCUGUACCUGGCAGGUAGCUUGACACUUGCCUAGACUGUGCUGGAAAACUGAAGUUGCCCUUUUUCCUGGUUCUGAUUGAUAUAAUAAAUCAUUGUUCAUUAUUAA